AUGCUCGAAGAUAGAUACAUCGGACUCGCGCUCGCAGUUUCGGGGACUGUAGCCAUCGGAACUAGUUUCAUCAUCACCAAAAAGGGUUUGAAUGACGCAUCGCACGCUAACGGCAAGGCGUCCGAGGGAUAUGCAUACCUUCGAAAUCCACUAUGGUGGGCGGGGAUAUCGACAUUCGCCAACUUUGCUGCCUAUGCAUUUGCACCGCCCAUCCUCGUCACCCCUCUCGGGUCCCUCUCCGUUUUAAUUGGCGCGGUCCUCGCGUCGUUCCUCCUUGGCGAAUCACUUGGGCACCUAGGCCGUGUAGGCUGCGGACUCUCGCUUGUUGGCUCCUUGAUUAUCGUGCUACAUGCUCCAGAAGACAAGGAGGUGACGAGUAUAGACGAAAUGCUCGAGUAUGCUGAACAACCUGGCUUCCUCCUCUACUGCCUCACCGUCGCCGCCUUCUCCAUCUUCAUGAUCUACGUCAUCGCGCCCAAGCAUGGGCGCACAAACCCGCUGGUCUACAUCUCUAUAUGUUCCCUCGUCGGCUCCGUGUCCGUCAUGGCGAUAAAAGGCUUCGGCGUCGCCGUCAAGCUCACCCUCGGCGGCAAUAAUCAAUUCACCCGGCCGGCGACGUACGUCUUCGGGCUCUGCAUUGCAGGCUGCAUCCUCGUGCAGAUGAACUACUUCAACAAGGCACUCGACACCUUCUCCACUAACGUAGUGAACCCGAUGUACUUCGUCGGUUUCUCCACCGCGACGCUCGUCGCCUCCAUCAUUAUGUUCCGCGGCUUCAACACGGCCUCCACCCGUGACUCGUUUUCGCUCCUCGCCGGGCUCACCGUCACCUUCCUCGGCGUGCACCUCCUCAACCUCUCCCGCCAACCCGAGGCGCCCCUCCCCCAGGCCCACUCCGCUUUGGAGUCGGGGAUCAUGAACCCGCGGCUGAGCAUCAGCGGCCGGAUGAGCCUCGACGGGUGGGGCGUGAACGCCGUCCCCCUCACGCCGCACUCCGCCAACGGAAGCGCGUAUGGCCACGGCCGGCGCUCGUCGCUCUACCGCGCGCAGAGCCAGACGCUGUUCAACACGUUCGAGCACGACGACGAGCUUCCGCCGUCGCCCGCGCUGCACCGGCUGCAGGAGGAGCAGGAGGAAGAUGAGUAUGACGACGAGGAGGCGAACGAGCGCACGCGGCUCCGGAGCGGCGGUGGACUGGGGAGCGCGCGAGGGUCGAGGAGCAACUCGCCGAGGAUGGCGCGGGGACCGGGGUCGCAGGACGAUCUCCAGGCGCGGCGGUCACCGCAAUACCGAUAA